UUAUCCGGUACUUUACUGAGCAUUCUUUUGCGUGUGUGUUUCUUGCUGUCAAAACGUACCUCAAAAUGGCUGAAAAUGCUUCCGAGUCGGGAAAUAUUCUCACGAGUAUUUUAUCAGAAAUAAUUGAAAGUCCUUUGAACAUAGCAUUAGUUUGUUUGAUAGCGUUCUUAAUCUACAAAAUAGUUAAAAGUCGUACACAUGUGCCUUCUGCCUCAACACCUGAACCAACAUUACCGAAACUCAAGAAGAGGGAUUUCACAGUUCAAGAAUUAAGUAAAUACGAUGGUACACAAGAAGACGGAAGGGUUCUGAUUGCAGUUAAUGGAAAUGUAUAUGAUGUUACUAAGGGAAAAAGAUUUUAUGGUCCAGGUGGCCCGUAUGCCGCAUUCGGAGGAAAAGAUGCAUCUAGGGGUCUUGCUACAUUUUCAGUUUCAGUUAAAACCGAGGAAUAUGAUGAUUUGAGUGAUCUCAAUUCAAUGGAAAUGGAAUCUGUCAGGGAAUGGGAAGAACAGUUCAAAGACAAAUAUGAACUUGUUGGAAAACUUUUGAGACCCGGUGAAGAGCCCACAAACUAUUCAGAUGAAGAAGAUGAAUCGUCAGCUGGAACUGCUGCCAGUGGGGCAGGAGACAGACCAAAGGAGGACUGAUAAGGUGAAGAAAAAUGAAGAAGGGAGGAGAAAGGCUGAAGUAGGGGUCACGUUUUUUCAUUACAAAACUUAAUUUCCAUUUGCAGUUAAUCUCUACUUUUUAGAAUUGAUAAAUAUGAAUAUAUAUUUUUAUGUAUAUGUGAGCUUUUAUUAAAUUAUAUAAUUUGUUUCUUC